AUGGCCUUCUGUCUCAGACAGAGCACUACGACCAGUACAACGACAAUUCUAUAUGCUGGAGGCGCAAGGCCGGAUCAGGAAGCCGUAAAUGACUUCCUGCAGAGUGACGAGGCGACGGAGGCCAUUCACAGAGCGCUGGCUGAGGCAGUGAAGCAUUUUGGCCUUUCUAUCGAACUGCAGGCCCAUCACAUUGUCCAGCUGACUGUUCGAGGCAACGAUCCUCACAGGGUGGACUACGACGACCCAGAAGAUGAUAAGAACUUCAUUGGUUUGGUACAUUUUGUCUUGCGUUUGCCCAGUGCAGAGGCUGCGGCUUUGUCGCAGUACCUGAACGUGAAUUUGACCAACACAGCCUCGACGAGUGUGUUCACGGAUAUUUUGGGCGAAAAAUUGAGUGCGGAAUUCCUGGUAGCCGCCACAGACUUCUUUGCGAUUCGUGCGGCACACGCUGACGGUUCCAGAAUCGUUAGUCUCUUAAGGCAUCUCAGGUAAUCCAUCUCCAGAAGCAUCCUGAUCUUGGGAUCUUGCUCUAUUAAUAAGGGAAAGAUAUUAGCCCAGGAUCGAUGGCUUUCAUCAAGAUGGAUUCCGGGAAGAUCUAAGUCUCGAAGUUGCGGGAGUAGCAGUCGAGGAUAUCGAAGUUGACGUGGGUUUUCCUGUCUUCAAGUUCGAGGAGAAAGCUUGGUACCAUCUCGGCUGCCCUUAUAUUCCGGAAGCCGAAAGGAGAGUCGCACUGAAUAGUACUAAUCAGAUCUUAGCGGAUAUGGUGAAAUUUGGCGGAGACGAGGUCACCGGAAAAGGUGGCAUUCGAGGUCUCUUCCUUCGUUGUGCAGAAGCAGGCGACGAAGGCAUUCCAGGCAAUUUUUUGCCUCAGUCGGGCUUCUUUCUUAAGGCGAGUUACUUGCGGGUUUUUUAUCAUAAGUACAUUAUGUAAUCAACAGCUCCUCAAGGUAGGUUUUGACUUAUCGGAACUCGCUCGCACUACAAAAAAAAAGCCUCAAGGCGUCAAAGUUGUAAAUUGCGCACCAGUUGUUCAAGUUGUUCAAGGUUGCAUAGCUGUUCUAGACUCAGCAAGUGCUUUUUUUAGACUCAACAAGUCACUCCUGGAGGCAGAUAAAAAAAAGAAGAAUAUGAGCGUAAACUUCGACCUCUCUAAUCUAUGCGUAGAACUAGAGGCAACCGAUUCCGAACAGUACAUCCCACCUCCGGAUCCAGAGGUUGGAAAUGCCACGGCUGAGCAAUAUACUCUCCGUUAUCGACACGAAUACAGAGACGGAACCGUGUCAAAUUUUGAGGGUGCCACUUAUCUUAAGGGCCGUUCAUCUUCAGGGAUUCCUAUUGUUCCAUCACAACAUCUUGUCCAGGAGGAUCUUGGGAUAGAUAACUAGCCCGAUCUUGGGAUUAUAGAUAAAAACCCUCCCUACUAGGGGUGGAGAUACGGGUUCAGGGUGUCUGUCACAAGCACAACAAGAAGAACGGACUACCUGCUAUCUAGGCGUCUAAUCAUCGUUUAGAUACGGGAGAAAGACUUUUCUUCCUUGCGGAAUUACAAAGUCUAGCCACUGCUACGGACCUGAGCAGAUACGACCGUCUUGUCCUGGAGCAUCCUACAAGAGCCCAUGGUGCCACGAGUGAGAGUCAGAAUUUGACAGCAUUCCUUGGAUGGCGUGGAGGCGUAAUGGAGAGGGAUCCUGCGAAUUUAUGGACUAGACUUUAGUUUUUCUGCAUUUUCAUCUCCUACUUUCUGUUCCUUCUGUCUUUUGACUCUUCUAACAAGAGACGGGAAGAGGUGUCCUUACGCAGGCAUUAUUACGACAGGGGACGAUGGACAUGCUCGAACUUUCAGGCUUGAAGGCGAUGUGGUGACUGAGGCCGUUUGUCGUCAGAAAUGUGAGGACAAUGGCGAUUGUGUAGCUUUUUCCGUAAAUUGGAAUGAGAACUAUGAAUAAGUAAGUACAAGAAAGCCAUCUUCUUCAGAAUCUUGUUCCCAUGUUUAAUGCGAAAACGGGAACAGAGAUGAGACUCAAGAUGGUUUUGCGGUAGCUUUAAGAUAAGUGGUGCAUCGGCUGCAAGGAAAGCCUGAGUGGUGCUUCUGGUGGCACUAUUGCGUACCGAAAGAAACGCCAUUUAUGUUGCGCUGGAGAAAGGCCCCUUUGACAGUCAAAGUUUGACUACUUCAUGGAUACAAUAUCAUGCGCAAUUAAAAUACUUAGUCUGGUUUGUGUCCUCGUGAAUCUAUGUUGUAUUCGAAAUCUUAGAAUAAGCGAGUAAAUUCGAGGAUAGUUUUUUACGUGGUUAUUUCAGUUUUUCGAAUAUUUAUUACUUAAGAAGUACGCAAACGCAACAUUUGUUCAUGAUCUAUCUUUCUCCUUGUUCUUCUAACUACUCCACAUGACCGCUAUUUUCGCCGUGACUAUGCCCUUGAUGGCAAAGCCUGUGGAAGUGACGACAAAGGUGUGGAACUGAGGUUGGCUGGCGCAAC